AUGGACGCCAUUCGCGAGGCGAAUCGGAAAGCCAUUGAGGAUGUUUUGGAGGCGAAUCGACUGGCAUGUGGCAAGCCUGAUCGCCUUAUCAACAGGCGCACUACCGUGGAGAAGCAAGUUGCAGGAAUACAAAAGGUUUUAGUAUGUUGCAGGGAGAGGAUAGCUGGAUCGACAUCCAAAGACUUCGAUACUUGCUUUCAGCAGGACAGUGAUCUCGAGAAGUUUCGCGUGAACCACGAGGCAAGGAAAGUCAAGAGAUCUGAGGUUAAGGGAAACAACAGUUCCAUUUCCUGGAGGGACAGGAAGUUUAGAGGCAAAGGUAAAGGGAAGCAGCUUCAGGUCAAACAAUUGUGCAACAAAUUCAAGAGGUCUACUACUCUAGCAGGCCACCUUACUGGAUCGUUGACUAUCCCGAAAUGUACAGGAUGUGGAGAGGGUCAUCUGGGACCGUGUGCUACCGGUCAGACUUUUUGUUUCCAGUGUGGCCAGGAGGGCCACUAUGUUAGAGACUUUCCGUCGUCGACAGCGAGGGUUGUAGCGGUUCAGGCAGUUCCGUUACUGAUGGUUCCCCUUCCACCUACUUCGACACCAGCAGUGCCACCUGCUCCUGGGCGUGUUUACUCCUUGGAUCAUACCAUGGAGAUUGAGGAAUUAAUGUUGGUGCCACCUCCAUGGCUGGAACCACUAUUAUCAACCACAUUCUUCUCUUUGUGCAAAGUACACAACAACGCACCCAGAAACGAAUGCAACAUGUUCUGCCUCGAUUGCGGAGACCAAGCAUUCUGUUUUUAUUGCAGACAAUCUUGGCAUAAGGAUCAUCAUGUAAUUCAAAUAAGGAGGUCUUCGUAUCAUGAUGUUGUGAGGGUGGCAGAGAUUCAGAAGGUUUUGGACAUAAGUGGGGUUCAGACAUAUGUGAUUAACAGUGCGAGAGUUCUUUUCCUGAAUGAGAGGCCUCAGAAUCAGCCUAGGACUAAUAAUGCAGUUAGUAGUGGUAAAAGCAACACCCAUUUGUGUGAAAUAUGCAGAAGAAAUCUCUUAGACCCUUUUCGUUUUUGUUCUUUGGGAUGCAAGGUAGUAGGGAUAAAGAAGAAUGGGAAUGCGAGCUUUGUCUUAAGCGCAAAGAAAGACGAAGAAAUAGGGAGAAUGGAGGAAGGAAUGGCGAGAAGAUUGCCAUCAAAGGAAGAAGACGAAAAAUUGCGUGAAGGAAUCCACAAACAAGUAUACCAAAGCACGCCUUGUCCUUGUCUUGGUCAAUCUCAAGCACAAGCUUGCUCAAAUUCAAGGAGAAGAAAGGGAAUACCUCGCAGGGCACCUUUAUGA